AUGAAUUACAUCGAAAGGUGGGCAAAACGGCCGUCUAACCCGUUUACGGCCGUUUUUGACCCGUCCGCUUCCGUUCUGACUUUCGAAGUGCAAAUUUACGGCCACCUCUUCGACGUCGCAAAUGUUAGGCGAAUUUUUAGCACCGUGCGCGUUUUGAAGUGUUCGCACGUGGCAUGCAAGUCAACUCGGAUCCAAGCCGCUCAACGUCAAACCCAGGUCAAACCUGCUCAUACAAGACGCCUUCGGCCUCUUUUCACGAUGGAGAUGGUUAUUGACGAUAUUCCCCCCGUCCUACGUCUCCCGACCGAAGUUCUAUUGCUGAUCGCCGCCCUACUCGACGUAGCAGAGGUUUUGACGUUACGCCAGACCUGCACCACCUGGUUGAAGGUCACUAAUUCACGGUCGCUGUGGAUAUCACUAUUCCACAAACAACAGGCAUAUCUCCCCACGCCGCCUGGGCUGGGUCUAGAAGAGCCAUCACAUCUGCAGGAUGUGCCAACGCAGACUUUGGAGAGGUCUGUGAGGAAUUCAAACCGCGUCGCAUACUUGUGGCCGCGUUUGCGGACGUCAGAGCUCGUUAAGCUACCCCGAGUGCAUCUUGGUGUUACAAUGAUGGGGAUGCAGCUAUUUUUAGAGAGGUGGUUGCUGGUGGUCUAUUCUGAGGGCGCGAUUUACGUGUACGACACGAAGUCUACAGAAUCCGAAGGAGCCGCAUCUGGGGGCGUUCUUCGCGCACGAGUGGAUCUACAGGGUGGUCUGUGGUCGUCUUACGUGGCUUCACUCGACAGUUCUGAAGAGAAGAUUGUGGUAGCUAUUGCUCGUUCAGUACCCCCAUAUUGGACACGUGUCUACGAAAUUUCACUUGGCUUUUUGGGUAGCACGUCGGGUCUGUUUCUCGAUAGCGCAUUUGAGCUGGUUCAAACAAUCACAUUGCCAUCGCCGCAAACUGUGCGUGCAAUCGAGACCACGCAACAACUUGUUGCCCUGUUUGCCGCUCGGGGCGUGGAGUUGGUCUACUGGGGCGAAAGACGCAAUGCCAAUGAGCAAAGAAUGUUGUUACCAGCGCCUCCUAGCGAUUUGGAAGAUUUAUGGAAUGGCAUCAUUGCUGUUCAAUUUAUGGGACCAUAUAUUCUGAUCUUCAAAACCCGUUCUGUAGAGCUACAUCACUACGCGCCUAUCCUCGAUCCAAAUCAUUUCGGGCUCCCGACCAUGAAGCAAUAUGUCUCCUACAAUUUUCGGGACGUUUCAUUCUCACGAUGCAAAGAAAGUUGUUCAAGCACAAACGACCAAAUUUUCUCUAUGACUGUUUUCGCAAACGACGUUAUUCAAGGACUCUAUCAGAUCCACAUCAAGCUCACCAUCCCACACUUGUAUUUAUCCAACGCCAUCUCAGAGCCUCUUGCCGCUUCGCCGGUACUCCCCUCCUUAGACGUUACUAUAACGGAUAUCUACCCUCUAACCAUGCUCAACAUCCAUCCCAUGCUUAGGCAUGGUCCCCUGACUCCCACUCCAUCCUUCUCUCUUCCCCAGAUGCCUGGCGCUUCGUAUAUUGUUAAUGGCGCCGGUAGUAUGGAUGCCGCUCGUGGUUUUUUGAGCACCUACGCAAUUGGACCGCAAGGCACGCGUGCAAUAUGGGUUGAGCGGAAGAGGGCAAGCACGAUACGAGAGGUACAAAUUUGGGGCCUUGCCCGCCCGAAAGACCAUGAAUCUGUCGCGUCGGGGCACGAGAGGAGAGUCGUCUAUUCUGUGACUUCGUAUGAUCUGAGAGAUGAUGUUAUUUGCUCCCUUGGCUAA